ACCAAAUAAGGACGUGUCCCGCGGGGAUUGCCACUUACCCAGAAACAGCGCCGGAAAUCGAAAAGUCUGGUGACGUUCGCGAAGUCAUUCUCGCCUCGGUAGUGGACCAAGGUUUCUUAAGACAAGAAGGCAGUCUUCAAGAUAUUUAGAGAUGAAUAUGAUGAUUCCUGCUGACGCCUCUCGAGCGACAGGCGGUCGCUGUGUGAAGGCUCUGCGGUGGAUCGGCUGUCUGAUAGCACUGGUCGGCAUCAUGAUAUCGGUGGCUGUGGUGAUCAUGACGGGCAUGCAGAGCGAGGAGGGGAUACGGUUUCCGGGAGAGGGACUGCUUCUGCUGUUCGUCGGAGUGGCACUUGUUUUACUGAGUCUGUGUUAUACUUCAUACUCUCCCCACGGCACAGAGAGAAGGCGGCAGAACUCUGUAUUGAAUACGAACAUUGACCAACCACCCUCGUACUGGGAAGUCUGCGACUUAAGUUACGACAACCCCAUCAUGGCGCCCACCGUGAUUACAGAAGGCGGAGUCAUCAUCGUGCCCACCAGCAGACUCAGGACCAUUUCUGAAGGCGUCGUCAUAGACGUGGACUCCUUACAGGGAGAGCCUGACGAACCCUUACCGAAGUACGAAGACGUCGUGGGCAGGUGACAGAAUUCAAGACAGGAUAUAACGUCUUAGAAUAUGUCUGAAGGAGCUGUCACCGAUUAAAAUUGUACAAAACUGCUGCACAUUUGAGCAUGAUUUGCAGACAUGGCCCAUCUGCAUCAUCGCAUUGGACUGCACCUCGAGACAAGGCCGCAAGGGUCGCUGUUGAGCAGUAAUGAGUACGAAGCAAAACUAUGACAAUCUGACAUUACCAUGCAUCAUAUAACCUCCUCAGCUUAGUUGGUGAUUAAGCAAUCCAUGGCCUGCUCAAGGAAUCUGAAACAUUCCCAAUAAGAUGAAAAUUUACUUUUAUUUAGCAUUUAAGUUAUUCAAAUGCUUUAUUUAUUUGGUUUUCCGGCGCUUCCAGUGUAGUAAGAGGAAUCCUUAACUUCAUGUCUAUGCAAUUAUAUUAAUUCCAGUACUAAAUCAUACUUGUGCGACAAGACGUGCCAAUGGAAAAGUCUGUACGAUCCUGUACCAGGAUUUACUUGUCAAAGCUGAACUAUAUGAAACUGACUGUGCAGACAUAUGUGUUGUGAUGUUACAUAUCAAGCUUUGGUGACCAAAUGGAAUGAGAAGGUUUUAUAAGAAUUUGUUUAUUAUUUUUGUAAGAAAGAAUAUUCUAAAAACCACAUCACAACAAUUUCUUGAUUUUUCAGAAUUCGACGAAUUUUCGCAAACGACCUAACAGAAAUUACACUAUGUGUGGGGAUAUAAAGCAUCAACUUUUGCUAUUCUCCCUUUCAGUCUCUUUAUUUUUGCUAUAUUUGAAGAUCAAGUAAUUGAAAUGAUGUGGUCAUAUUUAUUUACGGGCGGAAUGCAGCUAUCAUUGUGUUUGUUUAUUGGUUUGGCUGUUCAGCACGGAAGUCAGGGUUGCCCAACUAGCCUGUGGUUAUUACAAAUGGAUAGCCCGGCUGGCAGAGACAAAAACAAUACAAAACAGUAACAGUAGUCUUAGUACAUUAUUUGUAGCCCUUAGCUAUCAUUGUAUAUAGCUGAAGUGUCCGCCAGCUUGAAUAAAGCAGAUAUACAUUCGGG